AUGGCAUCAAAUACAUCACAAAAGUCGUCUAUAGAUAUUGAAGAUGAUCAAGCAGGUCUUUAUCAUAUAGUGUGGCUUGAUAAAAACAUGAACACAUUUUAUAAUAGACGAAUAUUGAAAAAAUUGAGUGACAUUGAUCGAACAAUAGAUUCGUUUGCAAGUACAGAAGAAUUUAUUUCUUAUCUACGACAACCAGAUGGUAAACAAACAAUGUCUUACAUUAUUUUUAUUGUAUCUGGUGCUCUUAGUGAAGAAGUAAUACCUGCUAUAGAAAGAUACAGCUGUAUUUUUGCAAUUUUUAUUUUUUGUAAAAAUAUUGAAAAUUAUGAACAUUUGAAAUGUGAUAAACUUCGAGCAAUUUGUACAGAUGCUGAGGAAUUAAUAAACUAUAUUGAAAUGCUUAUAGUAAGAAAUAAUGCUACAACUGAUUUUAGUAUAAUGCCUGAUCAAUCUUCUACAAAUUCAGAUUCCAUAUCAUCGAAAGAUACAUCAAAAGAUCAAUAUCCAAUUCGAAAUUUAAAAGAAGAUCAAGCAAGUUUUCUUUGGUUUAAUCAAAUGCAUAAGUUUAUGGUUACAUUGGAAAAUGAUGACGAUAAAAAAGCUAAAAUAGAAAUGAUUGAACAUAGCCUUAAACAGUUUGAAGGACAACGUAAGAUGUUGAAUAAAAUAGAUGAAUUUAAAAGUCAACCAUUGAUCGAAGAUCAAGAAAAAGCUAUUUUUUUUUAUACAGAUAAUUCAUUUAUAUAUCAAUGUACGAAUACAGUCUUAAGAAAAGAAAAUGUCUCACAAGUUUAUUCUUGUCGUUACAUAAUUAAGUUACUUUGUCGUCAAUUGAAACAACAACAUGAACUAUUUAUUAAAGAGUACAAUAAAAAAUCAAAGAGAAAAUCUUUACUUCGUCUCUAUCGUGGUCAACCGUUGAAAUCGGAAUAUAUUCGUCUUCUUGCAACAAAUAUCAACAGUUUAAUAUCUCUCAAUGGAUUCGUAUCAACAACAAGGGACAUAGAUAUUGCAAUGUCCUUUAUUCAGAAUCAUAUGCAGAAAGAUUUGGAACCUGUUCUAAUGAAAAUCGAUAUUGAUAUGACAAGUGAACAUAGUGUAGCAUUCGCUGAUAUCAGUAGUUUUAGUAAAUUUCCGAAUGAACAAGAAGUUCUUCUAUCUAUUGGAUCUAUAUUUCGUGUUAAAUCGGUCAAAUUUGAUGACAAAAAACAAAUAUAUAUAAUUCAUUUUUCAUUAAGCCAAGAUGAUCAAUUGACUGUUAUUAAAUAUAUUGAACAAACGUAUGUGGACAAUGUGAAUUCUGAUGAUCUAUCAGUUCUCUUCGGAAAACUACUUUUUGAUAUGGGAAAAUGCGAGUCUGCAUUUAAAUAUUUCUCGGAUGCACUCGAGCGUUUAUCGGAUAAUAAUAAUCGAAUUCGAGCAACUUAUUUGAAUAAUAUUGGUAUAUGUUACAAUGAAAUGAGUAAUCAAGAUGAAGCAUUAAGAUAUUAUACAAAGGCACUUGAUAUUUAUGAACAGACAAAUAAUGUUCGUGGUGUGGGUACUUGUCUACAUAAUAUAGCCAGUAUUCAUUAUGCUCGAAGAGACUAUGAGAAAGCCAGUGGUUUGGCGUUGAAGGCACUUGGUAUUCGACAAAAUAAUGUAGAACAAGCUUCAACUCAUGAUCUUCUUGGUUGUAUUUAUUUAGCCUUAUGUAAUAAUGUCGAUGCUGCGUAUGAUCAUUUUGAACAAGCGUUAAAAUUACGAUUAAAAUCUUUGCGUGAAAUUAAUCCUUAUCAUCCUGAUAUUGGUGUAAGUUAUCACAAUCUUGGUAAGGUUAAUGAAAAAAUAUUAAAAUACGCUAAAGCUGAUCUAAAUUAUUCACGAGCUGCUGAAAUCUAUCAUCAUAAUUUUCCACGAACACAUCCCUUGGUGACACAAAUUAACGAAUGCUUAAUACAGAUCAAAAAACAUUUGAAACGUUAA